CUUCAAUGGCCUCAUAGCCUUUUUUUUUUCCCCCUUUUUUCUUUUCCUUCUCCUUCUUCACUCUCUCCCUCUUCUCAUAUAGCCUCAGGCUCACAUGUCUCUGCUGCGAGGAGCAGAGGGAGAGAGGAGCAACCUCGCCAAACUGCUCCUUUUCUGUUGUAAGAGUUGAUAGAUGAUUUUAUUUAUUUGCUGCUUUGCUUGAGUCGGAUUCUCCACCGGUUGUUGAUUGAUUUUUGGGCUCUGAGAUUCUGAGGGAAGGCAUGCAGCCAAUGCUUCACUGCUUCCUUAUCUCCCACUUUGAAUCAAAUUUGAAGUCUCUAGUCUCUCCUGUUUCUUCCAAGAGUGUGCCCGAUUGUGUUAUUAAUCUCUGAACGGUAAUCAACCCAGAAUGUAAAGUUUGUUGCUUUUAUUCCCGGGCCAUGCUCAUCUGGGGAACCUUCUCUUUGGAAUUAUGGAUAAUUGAGAUUCAGUUCCAGCCACCUCGAUAGUCAAAACUAUGUCCAGUAGAAGAUAAUGUUCUAAAUUCUAAUACUGUUUGUUGUCUGUUCUCGAGGUACAUAACUAGAAGGUGAAAAGAAAGUUUCUUUAUCCAAAGAGAAUCUGAGUGCGGGGAAUGGAAGUACACUAGAAUAGCAGUACCUCUCAGAAGUACCGAAUACUAAGAGAUAGCUUCUGGGCGAGUUCCCACAAUCUCCUAUCACAGAGAAGAUGAAGGUUCUUGAGAACGCCGGCGAGGGUUCACCUGAGGAAGUAUCUCAGGAUGCAGAUUAUGUGUAUGUUCCGUGCCUUAGCGACGAGCUAGAAAACGUGGUCUUUGCCAGAUUUCCAAGAGCAGAGUACUGGAAACUGGGCUUUCUGAACAAGAGGUUAUUGAGUCUGGUUAAGAGUGGUGAAAUCUACAAAAUCAGGAAAGAAAUGAAAAUCAAAGAGCCAUCUGUGUUCAUGCUUGCGAGUGGAGACACGAACUGGUGGACAUUUGACAGGAAAUUCCAGUCCCGCCGGAAGCUCCCUAUCAUUCCAUCAGAUUACAAUUUUGAGUAUGGAGACAAAGAGUCAUUUUCUGCUGGGACCCAUCUUUUUGUUUCUGGAAAAGAGAUCGAAGGAGCUGUUGUUUGGCGAUAUGAGUUAGCGGCAAACCAAUGGUUCAAGGGCCCUUCCAUGAUCACCCCAAGGUGUCUCUUUGCCUCGGCCACCUGUGGCAACUUCGCUUUCAUAGCAGGCGGUCUUGAAACAGAGACCUGUAAGCUGAUCCUGAAUUCUGCUGAGAAAUACGAUUCAGAGACCAAGUCCUGGGAACGCCUCCCUAAUAUGAUCCGAAGGAGGAAGCUCUGUUCAGGCUGUUGCAUGGACAAUAAGUUCUAUGUAAUGGGAGGACUGGACGAGAACCAGAAAGAGCUCAAGUGUGGGGAGUACUUCGACCAAGAGACAAAAACAUGGACUCUAGUUCCAAACAUGCUGAAAGAUAUUCCUCUGUCGAUUUCACAAUCUCCACCCCUGAUCGCUGUUGCCAACAACGAGCUUUACUCGUUGGACGCCUGUUCCAAUGAGCUUAAGGUGUACGAGAAGGAAAGCAACUCGUGGAUGAAACUGGGACCAGUUCCAGUUAGAGCCGAUGCUCAGAAAGGCUGGGGCGUGGCAUUCAAGUCUCUGGGGAAUGAGCUGCUUCUGAUUGGUGCAACCUCUGUGUCGGCUUCGGAGCGAGCCUUGACUAUAUACACUUGCAGCCCUGAUCCAGCCAUGGAGAAGCUGAAGUGGAGGCAAAUCGAAUGUGGCGGCGGCACCAAGCUUAACCCCUUUAUUCGUAACUGUGCUGUCAUGGUAGCUUGAAGUUUGAACUGUUGAGUAAUAAGCAGAGUCAUAAGUCGUCUUUCCAUUCCUUUAGCGAGUCUAACCGAGUUGUCACUUUCUGAAACUAUGAAAAGAGUCGGAUGUUUUCUUUUCUUUUCUGUUUUUGCUUGGUCGAAAACUUGAAGUGUUAAGGAUGCUUUUUGAGGUACCUUUUUCUUUUCAUUUUCGACUCUGCAGGAUAGUGAAACUGACAUAUACUAUCCAUUGUUGGAAUAUGGAAACGAAAACUAGUUGGAUGGUC